UGUAAUAUUUAUAUCUUUUUUUACAUCGUGUAUGUUUUUGCGUGAUCGGAGCUUAAGAAGAAGAACCUUUCUUUAAUCUAAUCAUCAGUUCAUCACGGUUCCACUAACAUGUCGGCCCUAUUCAAUUUCCAUUCGUUUCUGACGGUGGUUUUGCUUGUAAUCUGCACAUGCACCUUCUUGAAGAUGCAGUUUCCUACCAUACUUGAACAGAAAACUGGAUUUCGAGGAUUCUUCUGGAAGGCUGCUCGAAUAGGUGAGCGGUUGAGCCCAUGGGUAGCUGUUGGAUGUUUCACAAUGGGUGUCUCCAUUAUAUUUUUCUGAAUCACAUCUCUCAAGUUUUGGGUAGCUACAAUGAUAUCUUCCUUUUUAAUAGGUUUGGUACAACUAUCUUGUUGAGAUCUUUCAAUUAUUCUGUAAUUUUUGACUUAUAGUUAUGUAUUUUUGAGGUAUUGGGAUACUUGAAUGUUAUCUUCAAUAUAUUAACACAAUUUUUGUA